AUGGAUCCCAUCGUCUCUACCCUCAGUGGUCUUGUGCUUGCAGUGACGUUGGCGUUGUUCGUGUAUCGAAGAUCGUCCAAGAGCAACCUUCCUUUCCCUCCUGGUCCAAAACCGAAAUUCUUAUCUGGUAACUUGGAUGUCAUUCCGAGAUCUUAUCCAUGGCUCGGCUACGCCGCUCUGGGCAAGGAGUACGGUCCUAUGAUAUAUCUACGCCUCGGCUUGCAACGCAGUGUACUUGUUAUCAACAGCGCCUCAGUCGCAACGGAUCUCCUUGAGUCUCGCUCAGGAAUAUACUCUGACAGACCAAAGCAGUGGAUGUACGGCGUUCUCGCAAACCAUUUCCUGAAUGUAUUCAAUCUUUCUAUCAAGCACCCGCGCUUCCGGCGCUACCGCAAGUUGAUGAAUAGUGGCCUGAACCCGAGGGCGACGCAAGGGUAUGCACCAUUGAUGGAGUCUGAAGUCCGCACGUUGAUGCGUGGGCUGUAUACAAAGCCGAACGAGCUCUCUGCGCACGUGCGCAGGAAUGCGGGAGCGGUGAUCUUGAAGGUCGCGUAUGGUUGGACGGUCGAGACGAACGACGAUUACUUCGUUAAACUGAUGGAGCAAGCGGUUCAUCACAUGGCAAAAGCUAAUGCCCCUGGAAAGUGGCUUGUCGAGGAUUUGCCUGCCCUGCGCUUCGUCCCCUCAUGGUUCCCGGGUGCAUACUUUAAGAGACGUGCGCAAUACCUCAAAGAGGAAUUGAGCAGGAUUGAUAAGGUGCCCUUCGAGUGGGCAUCUGGUUCAUUCAUCGAUUCCUUCACCUCUCAAAUGCUUCAACCUGACGACGGCAGUACUCCGGAUGCUGAAGAACAGGAUAUUAUCAAAUGGUGCAGCGGUGCUCUCUAUGGCGGUGGCGCGGACACCACUGUCUCCGCGUUGGUGUCUUUCGUUGCGGUCAUGGCACUAUAUCCCGAAAUUCAAGCUCGUGCGCGAGCGGAGGUUGACGCUAUCGUCGGCUGCGACCGCCUACCGACCGUCGAGGACGUCCCGCAUCUGCGUUACGUUAAUGCGCUCCUGUGGCUCCGAUGGGUAUCCCUGGGCUUGCCGCACCGCCUCACGCAGGACGAUGUCUACCAGGGUUAUUUCAUUCCUGAAGGUACUGUGGUCCUCACGAAUAUCUGGGCGAUUUUGAACGACCCAGCACUGUAUCCGGAGCCUGAGAAAUUUAUUCCUGAACGGUAUCUCAGUGAAAAUCCACAGCCCGACCCGCGCAAGUACGCGUUCGGAUUCAGCCGCCGUGUGUGCCCAGGUGCCCACUUUGCGGAGACCUCGUUGACCUUCACCACUUCGUCGGUCUUGUCGGCUUUGAUUAUCUCGAAGAAAGAGGACGCCAGUGGCAAGGAGAUUGAGCCGAUCGUCGAGUUUUCGUCUGGUCUUGCCAGUCACUUGAAACCUUCAUUUCAGUGUGAUAUCACCCCGCGCUCUGCAGAGGCUCUAGCUCUGAUCCAGGCUGACGUGUAG